GAGAGCAUUCAAAAGAUUCUUUGGCCCUCCUCUCCUUCCUCCGGAAGCGCUCGAACGGUAACUUCGUCAUCCAAGUAGACCGGUUUCCUUGAUAUUGACGGACGGCAGCGCUCACAGCUCCUACAUAUGCGUGGACGGCAGCGCUCUCAGCUUCUUCAUAGGCGUGGAAGGCAGCUCUCUCAGCUUCUUCAUAUGUAUGGAAGGCAGUACGCUUAGCUUCUUCAUAUGCGAGGACGGCAGGGCGCUCUGCUUCUUUAUGUGUGAGAACGGCAGCGCUCACAACUUCUCUUACAGCAGGAUCAUGUGGAGACGCCAUGUACUGCUCGAGAGCGUCAAAAACACAGUGAGCAGACUGCUGCUGGUCCUGAAGAUAGCGCCGCGUGUCAAGAAUGUAGAAAGAGUGUUCGAAAAUGAUGAGAGCAGCUAAAUGAUCAAUGAUAAGCAGUUUCAUUGCAAUAUCGCCGGAAAAUUCACCGGAGCUAAGCUGAACAAUCUUCUCCAAUGGCGAUGAGCCAGAGGCC